AUGAAGAACAAACCAGAAGAAACACCAGCUCUUCAAAUACAUAAGGAAACUAUUGAUGCAAUUAGGGACACAUACCUAAGACCAGAUCAACCACUUCAAAAGACAAAUACCACACCAGUAUUCAUUCCGUCUACACACUUGGAUGACUUGAUGAACACAGAGUGCAUUGGUAAAAUCACAACUGUUGAUCCCAUGAUGUACAAGGUUUCUGAAGAUUUUGAAGCAAUUACUGCAACAAAAGCAGAACCAUUUGUAGUGAAAGUGACAAGUCUAGCAGAAAGUGAUGUAUGCCAAUUAGUUUCCUCACUAAUAAAUGCAUCAGGUGAAGAAUCUGCAACUAAGAUAGAAUAUCAGGGAAGUGGAGAGUACAAAAUAAUAGGUAGAUGUGAUGUGGAAGGUGACUGGCAAAUGAGGAUCACUGCUGGAGCUGAACACAUCAAAGGUUCUCCAGUGAAUGUCAAGGUGAAAACACUGGGAAUUAUUCAAACCAUUGAGAACAUAGCAGAAGAGCAUAAUAAAACAGAGAAUGUGACAGAUCUAGCAGUAGAUACCGACGGAUGUAUAUUAGUGUCAAGUAAUAGUAAAAAUAUAUUGAAAUUCCAUCAAUCAGGCUCAUUUGUUGAUAGCCUGAGUGGCUUUUCAUAUAAUCUUUUGGUGGCUAGAAUGCAUCAAAUGGGUGAUGGUGACAUUCUACACAGUGGAUAUAGUUACUCCUACAGUAGAAGAAUUGUAACAAUGUAUAAUAAUAAAUAUAAAUAUAAAAAUGUCUUUUAUAAUAAAGAAGUGCAAUAUCCCUUUGGAUUGACAGUAAAUAAGAAAUCUAGAGUCCUGUAUGUAGCAGAUUGUGGAAACCUGUUGGGUAAGAUAGGUUCAGAAGGCAGUGAAAUAGGUCAACUGAAGGAACCACAAGAUGUCACUUUAACUAAGGAAGGUCAUGUGAUUGUUGCUGACUUUGGAAAUAACAGAAUACAAAUGUUUGAUUCCAGUGGUAAGAUGAUGAGAGUUAUUGUCGUAGGCUGUGGUGAGGAAGAUGGUAAAGUUAUGGGUCCUCAUGGUGUAACCAUGAAUAUGGAUGAAAACUUAAUUGUAUCAAGCAAUCAUAAACUACAAUUGUUUGAUAAAAAUGGUAUCUUUAUUAAAAGAAUAGAUCAUGAAGAUGAUGGGUUAUAUAUCCCAGUAGGAUGCACUGUACUCUCUCAUAGACCAAGAAUAGUAGCGGUAGCAAACCAUGGGAAAAACAAUAUAAAAAUAUUCAAAUACUAA